UGAGGAACUGGCUUUAGAAGAAUGAUGGCUGCUAUAAAAUAGGCCUAGAGAUAUUUUUAAAAAACAAGCAUUUUUGUCCAAAGAAAAAUGGUUCCCAACGGUGGUCCUUUUUUGAAGGAUAUCGCGGUAAUGACGUACGGAACAAUGUACACUAUCUUCCUACUGGAGAACUCAUCUACUUCUGCGGUUCGGUGGUAGUAUUGUACAAUGUGGAAGAGCACACUCAAAGGCAUUAUACUGAGCAUACAAGUGAUGUGAAAAGCAUUUGUAUUCACCCAAAUCGAGUGGUUGUGGCUAGUGGUCAAUCAACUUGUCACCAACGAGAACGCAAUCCCGAGAUCGAACAUCGUAGCCCAGUCAUUAGCUUGCUUGACCUUGAAAACGACAGCGACAAUCGGCAUACAGAGGCUCAUGUGCGGAUUUGGGACAGUGUCACCCUCACUACGCUACAAAUCCUGGGAGGCGUAAAGAAGGCUGUAGUAGCAGUGGCAUUUUCUACCACAGAUCCUAACGUUUUAGUUGGAAAUCUUUUGCUCUGUGUUGAUGAAUCUUGCCAGCAUAUGAUAUCUGUGUGGAAAUGGUCAAAGCCGAAGAAAAUUGCUGAGAGUAAGGGAGCAAAUGACCAGAUCUUGGCUGCAAGUUGGCAUCUAAGCAUGAAAAAUCUUAUUGUGACUUGUGGAAAAGGCCACCUCUCAUUCUGGACGUUUGAUUCGAAGGGAGCAACUCUCACCAAGAACUCUACCGUUUUUGAAGGCAGAGAUAAACCGAAAACUGUGAUCGCUCUGUGCUUUAGCAAAACUGGUGAAGUCAUCACUGGUGACUCGAACGGCACACUUUCCUUAUGGGACCCGAUUACCUUUAAGAUCAAAAAGCAGGCUCAUGCGAUUCAUCCAGGAGGAAUAAUGGCGUUAUGUAUAAGUCGUAAAGGAAGUAUACUCAGUGCCGGAAAAGAUCGUAUGAUUGCAGAAUGGGAAACCAACGAUUUGGUUAGAGGACGGAGGCCUAUUGAGCUACCGGAUGACGCUGGCAUCCCACGAACAAUCUUUAAUCCAGAAGGUAGUAAAAUCGUAGUCGGUACGUCACGGAAUGCAUUAUUCGCCGGAGAUUUUGACGGCGGAUUUGAGGAAAUUAUCGAUGUGAGCAUUACGUGCGUUUCGACGAACUCUGAAGGUUCUCUUCUUGCUCUAGGCUGUUGUGGUGGUUCCUGGAGCAUCAUGGACCUUUCAACGAAGGAUAUGAUAGUCGAACAAAAGGAAUCUACACAACCGAUCACUGCCAUACAGUUCUCUCCCAAUGGCGCUCUACUUUUUGUUUCCACAAAGGAACCUUCCGCUGUGAUAUACCGCUUCGAUAGUUUACAGAGGUGUCACCAAAUCGCUCGAAUCGGUUCUAUAUCAUCGUUCGUAAUCUCAUUAGACUGGGAUAUGGAUUCACAGUUUAUUCGAGGCAAUUCCGCCAAUGGGCAUAUUUAUCACUGGUCAGCAACUGGUGAGUCCGUAGACCAUGCUAGAAUAUGCAACUCGAAGUGGGCGUCUUGCAACUGCAGGAUAUCGUUUGAAGCAGGCUGUGUUGCUCAUUCUGUUGAAGGUAUAACGAGUGUUUGCCGUUCCUUUUCGCAGGAUAAGCUUGCGAUUGGACGUGAUAAUGGCUCAGUUCGAUUAUAUGCUUGUCCAGUGACGAGUACCUCUGUAAGUUUCUCCAUAUAUUCGACGGAAAUACAUUGA